AUGUCAGCAACACCAACCUUACCACUAACAAAAGACCUCCCGUAUAAAGGCAAUUUCUCAUCGCCAGAGAAUCAAUAUGUAAGGAGUGACAAAUUGAUGAUUUUUGUUGUAAAAUACGAGCGAUUUAAAUUCCCUUUUACAUUUGCAACAAAUCUUUUUCAGCUCUACCAAACCUACUACGGCCAAGGAGUUUGCAUUGAGAUGUUGUUCAUCCCCAUAAUUUACUUCUGCUUUAUGCUUCUCAGCUAUGUCGGGAAUGCAAUGGUGCUGAUAGCUACCGUCAAAAAUAAGUGAGGAGUUUUUAGAAUUGCAUCCCAAGGUGAAAUACUCCAUGUGCGACACUCAAAUUUUGUUUGAAUUUUUUAAUUUUGAAUUUCCCGCCAAGUUUGGCCUUCUGUUCUAUGGCUCGGGAAGGCUGUAAAUGGUCUAGAAACGAGGUUAUAUCAUACUAUCGGCAUUUUAAUAGAUAUGCAACGCUCAGUUUUUCUUUUAAUUUUGCACCCAUUUUAGGCAUAUGCCACGUAUAAAUUCCUGAAAGUUUUAGCUGGCGUUUUGCAGGCACAGCCGCGAUUCAACGAACUUUGCGGCCGAGAGAGUACGCGAAACGCGGAGAGCGGUCCAAGACGACACACUUUUUGACCGUAUCUUUCUCAGAUUCGCGCGCAAAAAAUUGAUUUUUUUGUGGAAAUAUUACCUUCUGUGGUAGAAAUAGGUAUGCAACUUUUUAUGCAAAAAUUCGCAAAGAAAAUUGUCACAUUUUUUUCAACUUUCGAACUAAAAAUUUCGACGCUUCGACUUUUGGGACAAACGAUACUUCAGGUCGCAUGGAUUCUUUGCAUGAAGGAGGCUAGAAAAAGACUCUGUUUAUAGAAAUAAGAGGAUUGAUUACGUUCUAAGAUAGUGUAUCACCUUUAAAGGUAUUUUACAUGUAUUAUAUUACACUAAUAACAUCCAGAUAAAACUUAUGGAAAUCGGUUUCUGUAGGCUUUUUCAGGCUUUGCAGACAGCUCCUGCUAUCUUUUUUGGGCCUCUGCUUAUCCUACAACUUGUUUCAAUCGAUUCAUGGCUUUCCAGAACCCUCUUCAACUCGAAAAGUUGGGGUGCAAAAACCUCGGUUUUUUCUGCAAAACGCGAGCUAGGAAUCUCUCAAAUGCCCUUAAAAUAAUUCCUCUAAAUCUGUGUGAAGUUUCAUCAAGAUCUGAGCGUCGCACUUGGAGCACUUCCCCUGCAAAUUAAUUCCAAAAUCCCCAAAAAACUCUUUUUUUUAUUUCCUCCAGAAACCUGCACGGUUCCUACAACUUCCUCCUUUGUAUGGUGUGCCUCGGGGAUAUGAUGCACCUCUCCACGCACUGGCUGUAUUUGGGCAACAUGGCCAGCGGGCACAACUUUAUUCCGUACCGUUUCUGCUUCUACGCGGACGCCUUCUUCCAAGUGGGCGCCACUCUCUCCAUUCUGAUGACAUUUUUCGUCGGAAUCGACCGCUUGAUUGGCGUCUGGUUGCCGACCAUUUACAGGAGCUUGAAUCUCCUCUUAUACGAUGGGUUCUUCAUGGCUGUGGCGUUGGCGUUCUCGUUUUUGGUCUUCUUCUUGGGGCUGCAACAUUCGUGGGGAGAGUUCGGCGAUGAGUGAGUUGGAGGGGUGGUUGCAAAGAAAGGCAAAUUACUAAAGAUGGAGUUUACCGAUUUCCCUCAAAUUUGGCAUACAUACUCUAUCUAGGCCACAUAGCAUUUCUUCAAAACUUUGGCCAGCAGUUUGCGGGUGUCGCUGAGAAAUUCAACGAUUUUUGCUAACGAUUAUAAGUUGGAGGGUGAAUGCAAAGAAAGGCAAAUCAAUCGGAUUUUAUAGCAGUCUAUCAAGUCAAUAAAUAAUUUUUUGAGUUUAUGCAACGUAUGUUAAAAUCUAAAAAAUUAACGAUUCAAGAAAAAGACUUUGGGUCCCACCACGAAAACCUGAAAAUUUCAAAAAGGACUCUGAAUUGCUAAAAAAAAAGCCAGAAAGUUGCCGUUUGAAUUUGUGCAACGUAUGCUAAAAUCUAAAAAAUAUUUGGGAUGACCAAGAAAUUUUUUUUGGGUCCCACCACGAAAACCUGAAAUUGUUAAAAAUUGCCUCUUAACUGCUGAAAAGCACAAAAAUGAUUGGGCCCGGUUUUGUCCCCACCCCGGUUUUGUCCCCACUUUUUUCGAGCCUUUUUGUCCCCAGACCGGUUCUGUCCCCAGGACGGUUUUGUCCCCAAGACGCUUUUGUCCCCACUUUUUUUAUUUUUUUGUCCCCACACCGGUUUUGUCCCCAGGACGUUUUUGUCCCCAAGCUGGAUAGUACGAUUAAAAAUCAUGCAUUCAGAUGUUAAUUCUGUUAGUUUGGUGCACAGUACUGAUCAAGCAACAUGUUCUUAGCACUUGGUACUGUAUAGUACAAGGUGGUACUAUAUAGCACGAGGUAAAAAUUAAGCCAUAAGGCGUUAAUGCUGUCGGUUUGAAGCCCCGGACUUCUCGAAAAAUGUGUUUUUAGCACUUGGUACUAUAUAGUACAAGGUGGUACUAUAUAGCACGAGGUAAAAAUUAAGCUAUAACGCGUGAAUGACGUUGUUUUGGUAUGACGUUCAUUUUGUGCAAAAACAAAUUCGUGCUAUAUAGUACCAUGUGCUAAAACACAUUUUUGAGAAGUACUGGGCUUCAAACCCAUAGCAUUGACGUGUUAAGGCUUAAUUUUUACCUCGUGCUAUAUAGUACCACAUCGUACUAUACAGUACCAAGCGCUAAGAACAAGUUUUUUGAGCAGUACUGUGCACCAAACCAACAGCAUUAACAUCUGAAUGCAUAAUUUCUAAUCGUACUAUCCAGCUUGGGGACAAAAACGUCCUGGGGACAAAACCGGUGUGGGGACAAAAAAAAUAAAAAAAAGUGGGGACAAAAACGUCUUGGGGACAAAACCGUUCUGGGGACAAAACCGGUCUGGGGACAAAAAGGCUCGAAAAAAGUGGGGACAAAAACGUCCUGGGGACAAAACCGUCUUGGGGACAAAACCGGGGUGGGGACAAAAACGUCCACUACGCACAAAAAUAUGUUGCUAGAGCUUGUGCAACGUAUGUUUAGAUCUAAAAAAGAUUACGGAUAAUCCAAAAAUAUAUAUUUUGGUUCCCACCACGAAAACCUGAAAAUUUCAAAAAGUGCUUUAUAAUGUCAAAAAAACUUGUAGUUUUAACCUUUACUAAUUUACAAGUUUUUAUCCACUGAAUAACUUUUUUCAGGCCAGUCCAAUGCCGAAUAAUCGACAGCUACGGCGGCGCAGCGGGUCAAGUCUGGUUCCAAAUGUGCGUGAUUGUCAACCUGCUCGACAUAGGUGUCUAUUCACUUGUCUGGCUUCUCCUUCGCCGGCGAGCGGGACAAUCCGGCACAAUGAAAAAGGUGUUCAAAUCGCUGGUUGCGAUGAUGAUUUCGGUAGUUGUGGGCUGGCUGGUACAAGCCUUCGUGAAAGCCAUCCUUUUGCCUCUGGCGAAUUUCCCAAUCAGCCAGUGGUACUAUUGGGAGUCGUGCACCGGGAUCUUGUUGAAUGUGGCGUCAGCUUCGAAUGUUUUCAUCAUGUAUGGGUUUAGGUAGAAAUUUUUAUUUUUUUUUUUUUUUUGAAAAAAGUCAUCAAAAUUUUUUAAAACUAAAUAAUUUUUUGAUUUUUCGACAUCGUUAAAAAUGCUUUGAAAAAAUGUUAUUAAAAUCUUUUUUUUUAUUUGCCAAAAAAAACAUUUUAUUUUUCACCGCACCGUGCGAUGCCAUUUUUAGUGCAAAAACCCGACUGCACAGUGCAGUGUCACAAUUUUUUAUUUUAGCGACCUGUGAAAACAAAAAAAUUCUUUUGCAACUGCUGAUUCAGAACUUUUGAGAUCCAAAUUUGAUCCUAUAAAGUUAUUCCAUAACAUUUUUUUAUUUUUUCAGUUCCGAAUAUCGAAUGACAAUUCAAAGGCUAAUUGGCGGGAAGGUUCCGUUUAUUCCACCGCCAGACGUCUCCAAAACGGCGUUCGCUACCAGUAAAAUCAGCACCGCAACCAACCUCAUCUAA